AUGGAUGAUGGGAGUUGCUGGGUGGGUGAGGUAUGGGUGUGGGUGUGGGUGAGGGUGAGGGUGAGGAGGGUGAGGAUGAGGAGGGUGAGGUUCAAGGUCGUGGGUGGUUUUCUCGUGUUGGGGGCGUGUUGUGUUGGCGAAAUGGGCUGCGUGCGGGAGGGAGGUCAAGAAGAGGAGGGAGGUCUGGGAGGUCUCGGACUUCUGGGGGAGUGUCGCCUCGCGUGCCCGGGUUCCUCACUGACAAUUGAUUGUCUGUACGGCACUGCUUCAAGCUUCGCUUCUGGGCUCACGGCAUCUUUGACAGCGGCCCCCCGAACCUAUUCUCAGGAAUCCAUCGGCCAUCUCUCGCCGCCACCGAGGAUCACACCUCACCACAAAGCCAUGGCUUCAGCGGCACAGCGACCUCCGCAGCGCGGGAGCCCAGCCCCCUCGCAAACGCAGACAGUGACCACGGCGCCAGUGCGCCCAAACACACAUCAAACAACGCUCCGAUUGCGAGGCGCCCACGCGCCAGCACGACCGUCGGUCCAGUGGGCUGACGAUGUUGUCGACAACGAGGGGCUCGGUCGAAAGAAGUCCAAGGACGCGGUGGCGGACAAAGGCAAGGAGAAGCGGCUGCCCAGUCCGAAUGCCUACGAGAGGAUACCCAAGCCGCCGAAAGCGAAGAACGACCAGGGCGAAGAUACGAAAAAGUAA